UGAGUGCUGAGCUCCCACGGCUGGGAAUCUGACUGCACCCUGCUGUCCCCAGGCUGGCCUAGCGCCGCUGAUCGAACAGGCCAGUCAAUCGAUCGGCUGGACAGAGGCAUUUCGGAGGCAGCUGAGAGGCUGGAGUUUCCAUGUUAGAGCCCCAAGAGCAGGAGUGGGCUUUAUCAGAGGAUAGCACCAUGGUGAGGAACGUUGAUGACUUCGAUUUCUCCCUCCCAUCCCACCCCCAGGCCAUCCUGGAAGGCCUGCGGAGCCUGCGCUCCAAUCCGAAGCUCUCCGACGUCACGCUGCUUGUGGGUGGGCAUGAGUUCCCCUGCCACCGCAGCAUCCUGGCCCUCUGCAGCCACUACUUCAAUGCCAUGUUCACUGGUGACUUUAUUGAGAGCAUCUCAGCCCAUGUGGAGAUCAAAGAGGUGGAUCCUGUUGUCAUGGAGACUCUGAUCGACUUUGCUUACACAGGAAAGAUCACCAUCAACCAGGGGAACGUGGAGGCACUAAUCCGGACCUCCAACCAGCUCCACUUCCCCACCAUCCGGAAAGUCUGCAGCCGCUACCUGAGACAGCAGAUGGAUGCAACCAACUGCCUGGGCAUCUGUGAGUUUGGGGAGAACCAUGGCUGCCUGGAAGUGUCCUCAAAGGCCUGGGCUUUCCUGCAGGAGAACUUUGAGGCUGUAUCGCACCAGGAGGAGUUUCUCCAGCUAUCCAAGGAGAGGCUGGUAGUCUACUUGUCCAAUGACCUGCUGCAGGUACAGGAAGAACAGAGCCUAGCUGAGGCUGUGCUUAGGUGGGUGAGGUACGAAGAAGCAUCUAGAGCCAAGCACCUGCCAGAGCUCCUACACCUGGUGCACCUGGCUUCACUACCAGACCAGUACCUGCAGAACCUACUCUCAUUGGAGCCGCUGAUCCAAGAUUCGGAAGCUUGCAAAGCCGUCAUCUCCAGCUACCGAAGCACGAGCCUGCUUGCCCUUCCACAGAAGCUGGAGGAAGUGCUGGUGGUGGUCGCGGGUCGAGCUCUGGAAGAGAAUGAAGCGGAAGAUGUGGAGUUGCCAGUCUCCCGGAACUUCGCCUUUUACAAUCCCAAGACCAAAAGAUGGAUGGCUCUUCCUGACUUUCCGGACUACAAUAAAUGGGGCUUUUCUCUGGUGGCACUAAAUAAUUAUGUUUACGUAACAGGUGGCUCCAGGGGGACACAGAAUGACACCUGGUCCACAACCCAGUCCUGGUGCUUCCGUCUCAAGGAGGGUGCAUGGAAACCCAUUGCACCAAUGCUGAAACCCCGAACAAACCAUGCCAGUGCUGUCCUCAAUGGAGAGAUCUAUGCCAUUGGGGGGACCACAGUGGACACAGUGGAGGUGGAGUGCUAUGACCCUUAUAAUAAUAGCUGGUGCCCCAUCAGCCCUGCCCUGAAGUAUGUGAGCAACUUCACUGCAACUGGAUGUCUGGGGAAGCUCUACCUCAUUGGCUCUUGUGCUGUCAAGUACAACGCACUAACCCUGCAGUGUUACAACCCCGUCAUAGAUGUGUGGAGUGUAAUCGCAUCCCCAUUCAUCCCGAAGUACCUCUCUGCCCCACGCUGUGCCUCCCUGCAUGGAGCAAUUUACCUCAUUGGGGACAACACAAAGAAGGUGUAUGUGUAUGAUCCGGAUGCUAACAUCUGGCAGAAGGUGCAGCUGCUUCACACGCUGCAUGAAAAUGGAGGCAUGGUGCCACUGGGAGGCAAACUCUUUGUGACAGGUGGACGCUGGAAGGGCCUGGAUGGUGACUACCGGGUGGAGAUGGAAGUUUAUGAUUGUGCCAAAGAUAUUUGGACAAGGGCGGGAGCCCUGCCCUGCCUCUGGCUCUACCACAGCUCUUCCUCCAUCUUCAUGGAUACGUCAAAGUGGACAGAGCCCUUCCUGGGAAACCAUGUCCAGUAGGAAA